AUGAUGCGUCGCAACUCCGAUAUAGAAAUCCAACUUCCCGAUGCAGGACCAACGCCUCUAUCCCCGGAUUCUAUGACCGAGCCUGAUGUGGAAAUGCUAUCUGAUGACGCAACUCUUCCACUGACUCUUCCACCUCAUAUCGCUGCCCGAUUCUACCGCCGAAGCAGCAAGGUACGACGCUCGUCCGCCGCCUCGUCGCGAAGAAGCUCCGUUUCGUCCCUACAUUCCCACCACUCGAACGCAUCCUCUCAUGGCACAUCAAGCACGGACCACAUUGCUCAACACCUCCGGCGUACAUCUAUCCUUGAAUCACGCAAGGCACGGCUGGCUGAUCGUGCCCUGCACGCUGAGAAGGUCAGAUUACGUGCCGCCCUAGCAAAGGCGGCUACCAGGAACUUGCAAAUUGAAGAACGGGCUUUGGCUGCCCAACAAGCCCGGGAACGUCUGCUGGCCGGUAUUACCGCCAAGUGCGAGGAACAGGUCAAGCGGGCUAAGAAGAAGGCUGAGGAUCAGCGGGAGAAGAAAGCUGCGGAAUACGCGCGCCAGAGGUUGGAAUUGGAAGAGAAAUUCGUCGAGGCUGAAAAACGGCGAGCUCUUUAUCAGCAAACCCAUCGGCGUCAGCGUACUAGCAGUUUACCAGCUGCGGAGGAGAAGAAGAUGGCACGCGCAGUGACUAAAUCGCUUACUCGAGAUGCGGCUGUUCGAAAGAUCCAACGAGUUUGGAGAACUCAUCAUGCGAAGAAAGUAAUGGGAGAAUUCCGAACCCUUAAUCUAUCAGUUGAUCGGAUUCGGGAGAUGCCAUUUGAAGAAGUUGGUCGUUUCGUCUCAAACAAGGACGUACUUGAUACCAUGAGCAAAGUCCUUCGCUUGUGUGGUCUGAACGAUUUGGAAGGCGGGGCUUUGGGUGAACGAGGCGCUGUGCGUACGUUCCUCAGCAGCUAUCUCAUCGUCACCCAUCCAACCGAGGUCAUGAGCGGGGACGGUGAACAGGAGCAAGACCUGAUUUCCAAGGCGCGGGAACUCCUGGUAGCCUUUGAUCAGGUUGCUGCACUAUUGUCAUCGGGCUGCUGCUCACCCACUGUAAUCACCGCGGAUCUUCAAAUAUUAUGUGAAACGCACAAUGUCUUCUUCUCAGCGUUUCAUGCUUGGAAGUCCCACGAUUCAACAGUCCUAAUCGAGAUCAUGCUUGCCCAAUUUGUCGAACUGGAAAUGAUUUGGCAAACGGUUAAGGAUGAUACGGCUGGUGGCGUGGCAGAGGACUACCGAGAAGGUAUUCGACAGAAUCAGAUUCUCCUUUUGGCCCGACUUAAGCGCCUUGCAGGCUCAGACCGUGCCAUGCAGAUGGUUCGGGAUGCACUUAAGAAGGCCAAACGUGAACGAAAGCGGUCUGCUUCUAAGCAGGCUAUUCCUCGGUCUGCAGAGGUCGCAACAUCGUCGACUGAUGUUUUGACGGAGAGCGUUACAUCUCCUAUCAGCGAGUCUUUCAACAAUGUUGAGGCUGCAGUCUUGCAGGAGCUGGACAAACAACGGUCUUCCCCGCAUGAGCAAUUUACCAAGAUACUCACAGCUCUGCCUGAGAACCGGGUAUUGGUACAUGAGCUUCUCCUGAAUAAGGAAUUCAAAAUCGAAGAAUCGUCAUAUGCCGAGCCGCGGAAGCGGAUUAUGGAGCAUAUGUGCGAACAGAUGAGGCAAGAUGUUGAAGCCGGGCAAGGAACAGCCUGGACAGUCUCCAUGGCCACUGUGAUCCAAGACCGUCUGCUGCGCUCCCUGCGUCCGGGUAAUUCUCUAUAUGUGCUCAUCAGCGAGGUCUUGGAUCCAAAGCUAGUGGAGAGCCAGUGCAAGGCUGGGUCUUUCUCGUAUGAUAAUUUCUUUGAUUUUAUGAACAAUAUUCUUCCUCAACUUUGUGCACCAUACCGUGAUCCCGUGGUGACGGCAUUUGCAGCCGAUACUUCAGGCGAUGCUAUUGACCGGUUGGCGAGAUUAAUGAGCAUCAUCGAUCUGCUCUCUCUCGAUCAUACCAACUUCAUGAUUCAGAUGGCUGCACCACAGUUGAUUCAAGAAGCGCCAGGGUAUGAACAGCGCACAUUCGAGCGGGGAGUUGCUGAUGGCUCAAUUUCUCUGGGAAAGACUCGACGAUUCUGGCGCACCUAUCGAAAGAUUAUCGUUGAUGAGAUGAAGAAGCGAGAUCCAGAGAAUAUCCACGGAGAACCCCGUCCAUCUACCACGAAAGUCUAUGCCCACGGUCUCGCAGACCUUGUGUUCAGCAAUGCCACUGUAUCAGAGGACUUGAUCCCUGAGACCUUAGCCCUGGAUCACCAACGACUGGAGCGCCUGCAUGCCAGGGUCUUCCAGAUCGUAGCCACAGCAUCGAUCCUGCUGACUGCUAAGAAUCUGCUGAAGCGUGAUGCCCGAUCGCAAUGGAAGCCCGAGGCGGAUCGCAUUCUUUCCCUAGACUUCAAUGAAAUUCGUGCGGACCGUGUACAGUCUAUCUUGGAAUCAACCCAUCCCAUGCCACCGGCUGCGAGUGCCCAACUUGCCGCCACAAUCCGCCGAGUACUCGCACCUGUCGCCUCCGCAAGCACCGCGGCCACACCGCACAAUGCCCUCCAUGUGCAAUACGAGGUUUCUUCUGAUAGAUCAUCAUCUUCUAGAGAUUUGAACUCCGAGUCUUCUGGAAAUGCAUCCCUCGCAUCUAGUUUCACCGACCCGGUAGCUCGGCUGAUUCUCUCUCGACUUCGCAGUCAUGUCCUCUCCCGACUGAGUGCUUCCAGUGCUUCGGAGAGAGUACGUGCGACGACUACGGCUAGUCAAAGUCUGGCCGGUGCAGGAAUGCCCGAGUUUGUGAGUGAGGUGGGACAGCUGGUGGAGGAGUUAGAGAAAGUGCGCGAAGUAGAUUGGCUUUGCCAUGGGACAGUUUAUGAGGGCAUAUAUGAUGAAGGCGUUUCUUCACAGUAA